AUGUUGAUGCCAGGUAAAAUGAAGGAAAUUGCACUGGAGAUGGAAAAAUUCAAUUUAGACAUCUUGGCCUUGCAAGAGGUUAGGUGGAAGGGAAAUGGAAGAAUAGACAAGAAAACCUAUAGUGUGUUAUACAGUGGCCCGGAAAGGAGAACAGGACUAAAUGGAACUGGAUUCAUAUUAAACGCUAAAACCCGUAAAAGUUUAUUGGCCUUUGAACCAGUAAGUGACAGGAUAUGCAAACUCAAAUUGAAAGGGAAAUUCAGAAACAUCUCAGUGAUUUCUGCAUAUGCGCCCACUGAGGAUGCAGGUGAUGACGAAAAGGAAAGUUUUUAUGAUCAGUUAAGCAACACAUGUAAGAAAAUUGCCAAGUAUGACAUGUGUAUCCUUGUAGGCGAUUUUAAUGCCAAAAUUGGCAAGGAGGAUUUCCUGAAGGGAAUUGCUGGUAUACACUCGUUACAUAAUGAAACAAGUGAAAACGGAAGGCUGCUGGCCCAGUUUGCCGCAGAACAUGGCCUCGUAGUAAUGAGUACCUCCUUUGCGCAUAAAGAUAUCCACAAAGGUACAUGGAAAAUGCCAGGCAGGAAUUGUGUGAAUCAGAUAGAUCAUGUUCUGGUGAGCAAGCGACAUGCAACUUCAAUCAUGGAUGUGAGAGCCUGUAGGGGACCUAAUUGUGACUCUGACCACUUUCUGGUUAAAGCUUUUGUGAAGGAGAAAAUCUCUUUAGUUGCAAAUGGCCCUGGAGUGAAAAAGAAAAGGUGGAAUUGUGAUCUGCUCAAUGACAACGUCAGAGAACGAGAAUACCAGCAGGCUAUUCAUGAAAAUAUUAUUUUACAAGAUGCAAAUAAUGGAAAUAUAGAAGAAGCAUGGGAAUCGAUCAAGGAAGUUAUACACACAGCUGCUGAGAGUACUAUAGGUGAAAAAAAAUUAGUAAGAAACGCAGAAUGGUUCGACAAUGAGUGUAUGGAUGCAAUCAUGCGUAAGAAUGGAAAGAGACAAAGAAUGUUGCAAAGGCCAACAAGACAGACAACUGAAGAAUAUAAAGAAAGCCGAAGAACAGCAAAUGGAAUACUAAGAAACAAAAAGAAACAACACAUCAAGGCCCAGAUAGAGGAAAUUCAGAAUUUAGAUGACCAAAAUGAAACAAGGAAAUGUUAUACUGCGAUCAAACGUAUGACUAAAGGUUUUCAGCCGCGAGUCAACGCUUGCAAAGACAAGGAUGGAAAUUUGAUAGAGGAAGCAACCAGAGUCCUUGACAGAUGGGCUGAACACUUUACAGAACUCUUAAAUGGAAACCAUACCGGAGAAGACCGAGCGUUGGACUGGCAGCCAAAAUAUCACACCGCUGAUCCUUGGAUUGAAGAGCCCUCCUUAGAAGAGGUCGAGAUAUGUAAAAAGAAGCAGAAGAACCACAGAGCGCCAGGUGAAGACAAUAUUAAUGCUGAGCUUUGGAAGCAUGGUGGUCAAGAAUUGGCGUGCUGUUUACACAAACUUAUAUUAAUGAUUUGGAGACAGGAAUCUCUUCCCAGCAGCUGGAACAAUGGAGUAAUUACUCCUGUGUACAAAAAGGGUGACAAACUAGCAUGCAGUAACUACCGUGGUAUCACUUUGUUGGAUGUAGCGUACAAGAUAUUCUCUGCUAUUUUGGCCAUGCGACUUAGCCCCUUCACAGAGAAUGUACUCGGGGAGUACCAAUGUGGAUUCUGA